UAUUCAAAAUGAAUUUGCCGCUCAUUUUCUUGUCUCGUCGUUCAAAAUCACCAAAGCGACCACACAAGAAGCAGCAAAGCAAUUGAGAGAGACUCCUUUGCUCAUCAUCGAUACAAGACACCAGGGUGGCCUUCUAAUCUUUGAUUCCGCUGACGGCCUUGUUGUCUGUCAGUGACAGAGUGGAGUGGAGGAAGAAUGGAUCAUUUGGCUAUGAGAAACAGCAAGAAGAGUAGCGGCAACGGCUCCAAUGACGCCAUGGUGAGAGGCAAUGUCGGCUUGGCGGUGGCCCCUCCUGCGGCAGCGGCUGGUCAGAAGCGCAAUGCCGAUGAUCUGGGAGACGGUACGAACGGCGGAGGAAACAGUGAGAGUAUCAGUAGCAAUAGCAACAAGCUCAAACGAACCAAGACGCUUCAAUCUCAGUCACACAACACAGUUCCUGUUCCCAAUGAUGUGCUUCGGUUGUCGCCCAGAACCGAGCAGAAAUUGCUGGCAAGAAUCGAGAAUCGUAAAAGAGAGCAGCAGCGACAACAAGAGCAACAAGCGGCGACGAGUCAUCCUCAACCGCCACUGCCCAAAUAUGACAACAAGAAACUGCCACUCAAGAAGCGCCGGCCAGCGAGUGUCCCCAUUGACCUCACGUCGGAGGAAAACACUGAGGAUCCAUCAACAUUUCUGUCCAGUCAGAAGAACGACACGACAAUUCCAGCAGCGGAAAAGAGCAGAGUCAAAGAGACAGUCAAUGCAUUGGCCAGCCACCAGAAUUCCAAAAGUCACACGUUCCGUCCCGCUGUCGACACGCCAUCGGGUCCCGUGUCGCUCACAGAGCCAUCUAUGGACAAGGAAGAGACUCCUUCUUUCUCGGCGGAAUCCACACCACAACAGCAACAACAAAAGAAAGCUGAAAAGCAGGGCACGGAGGAGGCCUCUACAGAAGGAAGCAGAGACAGCCAGAGCAGCAAACAAUCCGCCAAUCAUGGGCAACUCCGACAGAAACGCACAGUGCACAAGGGUCCAGAAAAGGAGGGACAAUCGGGUUCUCAGAAGACUAUUCUAGUGAGGGGUGCUUCAUUUGACCCGCAAUUCUGUUUACCAGGAGUGAAUCCAAAGGAGGUACCUGUACUUGUGGCUGGACCAGCAAACGCGACUGAGAGCCAAAAGCCUCCCUCCUCCUCCUCCGCAAAGGGCAUCCUUUCGGGCGACACUCCACAGCAAGUGGCCGGAGAAGAAACACAAUUGUUAUGCCACAAUUUUGCGGCUCUGGAUGUUGGGCCAAACGCAACGGCGACACGCACGAGUGGCGGGCACCAGCAGACGGCUCAUGUUCCGAUUACCAUGUGUACAACACAAGCGUCGUCUCGGGAGAUUAUCGAUGUGGAUGCGGGCUUGAACGAGAAGAGACGGUUGGGAUUGCAGGGUUCGUCGUCUAUUCCGACAGGAAAUGAGGCAAAAGCAGACAAGAGAACUUCCACGGGUGCGUCUCCAAUGCCAGUGUCUUUGUUGGUCGGGCAAAGAGCAACGAUUCCAAACGCCAAUGCAUCUUUGAUGAAGCGGCCAGGAAACGCAGUGGUCGACAAAGUUUCCGUUUUGAAGCGGCGGGGGUCGCCUUCGCCAAACAAAGUAAAUACAUCGGGAAGACCUUGUCCCACAUCCAAGACCAAGCCAUCACGCUGGGACGUCGUCGCUUCGCCCGUUGUAGCAGGGCCUUCAAAGCCAACAGUGCCUGGUCUUACAUCGACAACCAAACCGCCAUCACGCUGGGACAAGGCCACAAAGUCCACUGCUGUAUCCAUUGUAGAAGGGCCUACAAACAAGUCAACAGCGCAUCCAACCAAGCGGUCAAGCUGGGACAUUGUCGCAACGUUCGCUCCUCCGUCACCUGCUCUGAGUCCAAUGAAUCCAGACGGGCUUUUCAUCCGAGGGGAAACGAACGUGACCGUGGCCAGUGCAUCACCAUCUUCCAGACCAAGAGAUGACGUUACAAACAAUAACACGUGUACUACGCCGUCGGUCGACCUGUCUCGUCCCGAAAUCAAGGCUCCCUUGAGAACACCUCUUUCGUUCAUCGUAAACACCAAAAAGAAGUCGCAAACCGGUCUGCGAGUGUCGAAAACCCCAGUCAAACCAUCUCCCAAGGGCGGAGCCCGGCAACAGGUACAAUCGAGGCCACGCGAAAUGCAAUCAAAUAUCCGCCGACUUAGCACACGUGGAGCGAUUCAACACUUGCUUGCGUCUCCUCAAGCCCCUUCUGGAGCUCCCACGUCGGUACAUGGUGCAUUGAAGGACACGCCAGCAGCUCGCACGACACAGACGCGGACGUCAGCUAUGAAGCCACGGAAUCUAGGACUUGUCGGUGGGGGAGCGAAUUCGUUCAAGUUGCCCUCGACAACGGACAAAUGUUCCAUGUCCUCCAACGAAUCGUGUCGUCCGCCUUCGUCGGCAGGGGCUUCAAAGGCUCUCGAGCCAUCUUGUUCGGCGUCUGAUCACGUGGCAAAGAGUGCAAUGCAGCAAAAGACAGCUCUCAAUGAAAGGACAGCGCCAAAUCAAGCCUCCGUUGGAACGAAAGGCAACAAUACACCUCCUCCAAAGAGUCAACAGGCUACGACAUGCACGCCGAAGAAGUCGCCGAUGCCAAUUGCGGGGACAGAGAAAUCUAACUGUGUUCUCGAUGCAAAGAGUAGUCCAACCGUGGCAGCAAAAGAGUCGCUGCCCGCGCUUCUCGGAGGUGAGGAGCCCGCGGAUUCUUCAGAGAAAUCUUCGAGUCAGAAAACCAGCGACCAGCCAGUCACAGCCAUGCCUCCAGGACUCGAUGAUCGCCAGCACAACGGAGGAAGUACCACUGUAGACCAUGGGGAUCAAGGUGACACCAAUGGCAGUAUCGUCUCUAGCAGCGUUCCCAUCGAACAUCGAAGCCUUUUGUCUCCUGAAAAUGUCGACACAACAAACAAACCCGAAUCGGCAUCAAACGACCGGCCUGAUGAAUUGGAUCUGUUGCUCUGUCACGAAGACUUCCAAAAGCUCCUCGGUCUUGCAUCUGAAGUGAAGAGUCUACAUGUCUACGGCAUUGCCCCAGCUCAAAGUUCAGAUAGCCCAUUGAGCGAGGUGCUUGCGCAACUCCACGAGUACCUGCUAACUUUAUCUGCAAAGAAAGAUACACGCAGAAUCCUUCGGGGUACCAAUCCAACAAUCGAUAUCCAGUUUGAUGACAUGUUUGCUAUUCUUCAAACGGAGAAGCAUCGCUGCGAGCAGUUGCUCGGUCCGAAGCCAAAACCGAAACCCAGGGGGAAAGAGGCAAUAUGUGUCAAGUACCCACAGUGGCAGACAAGCAUUCUUCACGAAUGGAUGAGGGCACACCAAGACAAUCCAUAUCCUGGUCAGUGCGAAGUAAACGACCUCAUGCAUCAAACAGGCCUUUCCCAGCAACAAAUAAUCAACUGGACGACGAAUGUUCGCAAGCGCAACCUCAAAGCCUCUCGCGAAGCGAAGAAGAAGCCGCACCACUUUAUUGACUUUCUCUUUCUGGCAAAACAACGCGACGCUGAGAAUGGAGUUGUGCACCAGCAUGAGAACGGAGAAGCCAGUCAUAGCAAUGGGACAGCUGCGAUUCCCCUGUCAAGCUCAGUGGACACGAGCGACGAACAGCACCAGCCUGAACAUCACCGCGACAGCCCAGUAGAUAAUGAUCGUGCCCAAUCCGCAAGCCAGUCAUUUCCAUCAACCCUCCAAAGCACAAAUGCUAAGGGCCAUACUGGUACACCACAAAACAACCAGCAGGAACCAGAGGAUCCACCACCCAGCUCAGCUGGUCACGCGCCGCCGAACAGUCAGCCAUUGGAUCGCGGUGACUCCUGCCACCUUUCAUUGGCUUUUCAGCAACCUGCUCCACCAGCCACCAGAAAGCAGCGCAUGUCACUCUCGGAUCUACCGGCUGGGUGGGAACCAUACUUUGAUAGUGACCAACAGCGAUGCUUCUUUGUGCUCCCGUCCUAUGGGGUUUAUCAAUGGGAGAAGCCUUUGCCGCUGCCAGAUGGCUGGACCCAGCAUUUCCACUCCGAGUAUAAGACCUUGUACUACGUUCAUACGGCAUCUGGAAAGUCGCAAUGGUACAGGCCUCUCCCACAAACUGGAACGAAUGAUGAAAACAAACCGAGUCUUGGACUUUUGGUUAGCAAGCCACCCACUCUCAGCCCCAUGUCUACGCUAAGAAAGCCUGGCCAGGUUUCAAUGAAAGGAAAGGCGUCGCAGCAAACGAUCGCCGUCUCCUUCCCUCAUCUUCCACCUACCGGUGCCUCACUGGAAGAACAGGCGCCAUCCCGGAGUGUUGGCCAACUUCCGUCGCCGUCUCAGCCCCCUCCAACACGCACAUCCCAGCUUUCUGCGACCACGCUGCGAGGCAAGGACCCUCCGAAAAGCAAUGCCAACUUGAAUAGUUUUACUUCAUCACCAGUCGCAACAAAUAAUCAGCCUUCCGCUAUAUCUCCGACAAAACUCCGGAAGGAUGCUGCUGUGAAAAAUGAUUCCAUCAGUGACGCGAAGAACACUCGAAAACAUGGGGAAUCCGUUGAGUGUGUUGACGACGGAAGCUCAACUUCCUUCUCUAACUUUAAUUGGACAGACGUCACGAAGGCAUCGCGCAAGGCUAAAACAAAAAGAGAGCGGAUCGACAGGAUGAAGAGACUCCUUUGCGAUCUUGUCCCGACGUGCAAUGUUGUUGAAGGAGAAGAGCGUCCAAGUUCUAUCAUCCAGCGCACUAUAGAGGUCGAUUCUGAAUUCUUCGGUGACUUGGACACAUCACCUGUGGCGUUUGAAGACGAAGUGUUACGCCCUUUCCAAAGCACAGCAAGUCCUUGCAUCUUUGAAGGUGGAUUUGAUGCUAGCUUGAUAGCCGAUGAAUUACGAAACCAGUACAAGCUAUGCUUUGUGGGUACCAAGGUUCUUGUCGAGGCUUUCGAGACUCUCUGCUGGGACUGGCUAAAUCUGAAAGAGGCCAAAUUGAAACACUACGACCUUGUCAAUGAUCCGUGGAGCAAUUGCAUUGACAUCAACCUGUCAUCUUGGGAUGGAUCCGCAUUAGAGAUUCAACGUCGCGGUGUGUCCACUGGCCUCUGGAUUGGCUUUGAGAGGGACGAUUCAAAGCCCGAGUUUUGGGAAAGUCUGUUCGGGGACCAAGAAUCGAAUGAAACCCUUAAUGGUGUCGCCAUUUGGAAAGUUGGCGGUGAGGAAAUCUACACGAAAGACGAGUUGGACCAGUGCCGUCGCGACCACCAGGGCAAUGGGGUGACGAUGACAUUGCUGGCGCACCGAACCGUCAAUAUAGAGCUGCUUGACCACUCUCAAGUGAUUGGAGAAAUCUGCACCCUUGCCGAAGCCAAUCAGCCUCCAGAAGAAGUUGACAACUCACUCGAGAACGCCUCCUGUCAAGAGGAAGCUCCAUCCAGCCACGGCUUAGCAGAACUUGCAGCUCAAGCACUGUCGGAAGGUGCCUGUGGAAAUGAAGCGAGAGGUGUCAAACAAGUGGUCACGCAACAACCAUUCGCCACAUCCAAAGAGCCGUUUGAACGAAUCGAAAGCGCUUGUUCGCAAAACGUUGCGGAAGAAGCGAAACUUUCGGCGCGCGGAUAUCCAGAUCAUGCGAGCGAUGCCGGUCGGGACGAAGCACCGAACACCACGAACGUUCCAUUUUCCCCUGCACUCUCGCCGUCUGCAACAAUGGAAGGUGCCAGAGGAGACUCCAAAGCACAACAAGUUGCACGAGACCAACCAUACCCAACGCACUUGACACCAGGAAGUAUGCAAGUCGCUACUGACGACAUUGAAGGGCAGCUGGUCACAAUUGUUCAAAACUCCCCAACACGCUCGCCGCCAGCAAGAAUGGAAGGGGCUAGCGAAAGCCUAGAAAAACGCAUUGAAUCUUCAGCGUUAUCUCCGGCAGACGCAGCCCUGGAAGCCCCAAUGCACAAACAACCACUAGCGCAGCCCACCAACCCCGAUGAUAGUACAGUAGUUGCACAGAAAGGCGGCAUUGCUGAAGAGUCGGAACCAGAAGGUGUUUCCGAAAGGAUUCCUGGUUCGCUAUCUGAACUGUGUGCAUUAGCCACGAAAGAACGUCCCUUUGUCAACGAGCCAUUUGGCGUGGAGGAUGAGUUUUUGGAAGACUAUUCGCGACGAAAGAAGAUGGAGCCAAUGAUUUGGUUCGACUUUGACCCCCAAGAAGCCCUCGGAUUCCAGGUCCAUACAGAACAAUCUGUUGACGGCACCAUUUGCAGAGUUGUGACAGUGAGUCACGCCUUGAGCGCAAUCUUUUCGCCCGGCUUCAUCGUCGCCAAGUCUCAAACUCAGGGCUCCGCCGAUUGUGGUGCAAUCGAGGACAUUGAGAGCUGCAGUGAUCUGAAACAGAAGUGCAAGGCGGCGCGGGAACGAGGGCAGAUGUUGCGAAUCUGGUUUUCAGAGGACUCUGCGUCCAUGCACUUUUCCGUGAGGUGCCAAGACAGGUGGGAUGGGGCUGUCGAAAUGCCAUCAACCGAGAGUACCGGUACUCACAACCAAACCACCCUGUCGAGACAAGAAUCUCAAGCUUCUGCAUGCGCAUCAAGCGAAGCAGAAGACGCCAUGGCAAACAAGGUCCCAGAAGAGUUGUUCCGACCUCCACCGCAGGGAAUCCUCCAGCCCAACAAGUACGGGAGCGGUACUCGCGAGGGUCAGCUCUCCAGAUCGGUCAGCUUUUCAGAAAAGAAUGACAUGUUUACGAUUGAAAGCAACAGCAACGAGAAUCGUGAUUGUGAGUUGUAUGACGACAUUGCGUGUGGUUCUGCUAGUAAGAUGGCGAAAGGCGGGCUGAACGAUGGAAAGCACCGCACCGCCUCCCUAUCGAACCACCAACCAUUCGGGAACAAGCGGAUUCAUCAUUCGGACAACCAGGACGAGCAUCUAGCGAAGCGACAGCGUGUUCCCGUCGAUGGGUCUGCCCUGGAAGUCCUCCCGGCCUUGUUGUUGAAUAAAAGACUCAACGAACCAGUUGGCAAUGAUCGAACGCUCCUGUUGCACUACCUCAGAGCAAUAGAAAACCCAACGAACGAUUGGGUCUGGCAAGGGACUAGUGAAGCCGCCUUUCGCAGAAACGUCGGUCUGGACCAGAAAAAAGCCUCCGACAAGGAAGUGCUACGGCACGUUCGCACGACCGCAUUCAAGGAUCGCUUCUAUUUGGUCGGGAAGAGGGCACUUACACAACCAGGCCAGCCGAUUCUUCCAUUCAAUGGGAAGUCGCAGUCGCAAUCAUCUACACUGUCCAAAGAAGACUACUUCAAAUUGACAGAAAAGGGUUUAUCUAUGCUGAAGGAAGAUGACCUGCAACGGCGGUUGUCCACCUCUCAGGAGAUGCUUGAAAUCGACCGUGAGCGUCAAGGCACUGGCCCGCCUCAAGCUUCUGUCGACCUGCAGCUACCGCAGAUCGAUUCCCUGUGGUUUGUCACUGGCGGUAGGGCAAAGUUCUGUGACAGAUUCGAUCGCACCAAUUCCCGAGCGCGAUGCACCAGAACACUUUGCGAAUUUGUUCAUUUACAACCACGGAUAGGCCCAAUGGUUGACAAUCCACAGCUCAAGUUCCAGCGGCUUACAGGUGUUCUCUAUCAAGAAUGCUCGGAUAAGCAGGGUCGUCGCUGGUUUACAGCUGUGUACCACGACCAAGAGAAGAAUAUUUACUACCGAUCUGAGGGGGGCCCAGAGGGCCGUGUAAUACGUCAACAGGAAGAUUCAAUUUGGUGGUAUCCAUCGAGAGACGCGGCGCUUGUGGCUGUCUCUCGAGUCCACACCAUUGCUCAGUUGCAUCCGCAUCAGGUCAAAGGGCUGGCUACAGGUUCGGCGAAAAGGUCGGGAAACGGCUUCACUCAUGCCGUCCCUGGGCACUACGGUCCGUCCCACUACGGCCCGUGAAUGAACAAAGCUGAAACUUGGUACCUGGUACGGUACCGGUACCCCCAGAUAACAGAGGUCGAAUAGUGGGCUGUACUCAUAAUGAUGUAGUCGCAAGUAAAAAUAAACGUCUCGGAUACUAGU